AUGAACUCUUUCUCUGUUCCCGCAGUCCGACUGAGCUGCGAACAGUGCAAGCGACGGAAGACAAAGUGCGAUAAGUUGGUUCCAUGCACUUCAUGCAAGAAUGCAGGGAUCAAAUGCAACACGGUUCAACGCCCAAGACGACCUCGUGGACGGACUGCUCAGCAAAAGGGUGGAGAGAUUGACACCAGAGUUGCACGGCUUGAGGACCUUGUGAAGCAAUUGAAGAGUCAGGUACAAUCCAACGGCAAGGGGGGGAGCGAAGGAGGUCACGAGAACUCCAGUAGUCAAUCGUCACAACGACCCUUACCUAAAGAACACAAUGCACUCCAAAACUAUGUUGCUCCGGAUUUCUGGGAAGCUCUCUCUCAAGAGGCGACUGGAAUCCGAGAAAUUCUGGAGGAAGCUGAUCAAGAGGAGUCCCCGAGCGAAAAUGCAUCCAAUUCGCCCAUGUCUCCGUCGGAGCCAGCUUCUAUCUCUGGGGCGCUCCUGUUCCACCACAGUGUCCCGAAUCUAGCUGUUGAUCUAACGCAAAUCCUAACUAAGGAGAUGAAAAGUAUUCUUUUUUCAAUCUACAAAUCAAGAGUUGACUGUAUUGUCAAAGUUCUCCACUGGCCCUCUGCAACGGCUGCGAUCGAAAAGAAGGACUCAAGUCCUCAAGAGAGCUUGGAAUCGGCCAGGGUGCAAGCAUUAGAAUCAGCGAUAUGUUACACCGCUUUGUGCACCAUGACCGAGGACGAGUCAGAGGCUUCGCUCCAUUGUAAGAAGGAGACACUGCGAGAGCAGCUUCGUUUCGCAUCUGAAGUUUCUGUUUCGAAAUCUAGGCUUUUAGAACAGCCAGACUUGACACUUUUGCAAGCAUUUCUCAUAUACCUGCUUGGCCUCCGUUGCUCUACAACACAUGCAUCGGCAUGGACAUUACUUUCACUUGCUGUGCGGAUUGGGGGUGCUUUGAGCCUUGGGUCAGAAGACCCAAGUAAGUAUUCAAUCUUUGACUUGGAAAUCCGACGAAGGGUGUGGUCAUCCAUUGGCUUGCUUGAUGCACAGUUAGCCCUCGACAGAGGAGCUCCAGCUCUGUUAUCAAGUGAAGAGCUUCAGAAGACACCGCUUAAUGUCAACGACUCGGAUCUAUUUCCAGGAUGUCCCACUCCCCCGACGUCCACUGAUUUUACCGACAUGUCUUUUGCAUCGAUGACCCAUCGUGCAUCACUCUGCCAGAAAGCAGUGGAGGAGAUUCCUCCUGACACUGAUGAUACUUGGAAUAUGUGGAAAGAGAAGCUCGCUGCAAUUGAAAAGUUCGAAGCAUAUACCAUGCUACACUUUUCUGGAAUUGAUGCUUGGUCACCGCCACUUCAAAAGUUUGCUCAAGCGGUGGGAGGAGGUUCAUUAGCGAAUAUCAAGCUUAUGGCCAGACGACCUCCGUAUCGGAACCGGCAAACGAAGAUCCCUCCAUGGGAUGAUUACGAUGUCAUGAAAUCGACAACUUGGAUUCUAGAGCGGUCGCUAAUCAAGCAAGAGAACUCUGAAUUCAAUCCGUGGGGGUGGUUUACAUGGGUGAAAUGGUAUGCUCUGGCUGUGCUUCUCGCCGAGUUGUGCGGACCGGUGGGAGGUACUGAUGCUGACCACUCCUAUGAAGUGGCUCAGAAGACCUUCGUUGAGUAUUCCCAGGUAAUCGCCGACAGCCAAUCUGGUAUGCUGUGGAGACCAAUUGUCAAAUUGAUGCGUCGAGUGCAUAAACUGAGGGGCGCCGCAAUGGCAGGGAUAACGGAUCUGCUUUCUUCGCCUUCGGCUGGCCUGCAGCAGGCGACCAUGAGCGAUUCAGGUGUCGAUCGUCUCACUUUCUCAGAACUUGACAUCAAUCCGCAACCUGGAGCCCAAGGUCCUGGGAUGUCGCUCGAUCCCUACGUUUUAGAUCCUGGCAUGGCACAAAAUGGCGACCCUACGCACAAUUUGAUGAGUUUUGAGAGUGGCUCAGCACUUGGAAUGACCACUGUCCCUGGUGAUGAGCUUUCAUGGGCCCAUUGGGACAACUUCCUUCAAGACAUGAACAACUCGGCCAAUUUCGAUUGGGGAAUGGAUUGGCAAAACAGUCUUUUAAUACAACCAUAA